GAAUGCAUGAGACAGGAUCCAAUUAUUGAAUGAGUCCAUGUAUCGCAGAAUAGUGUACACGCACAGGACAAACGUUUCCGUUUCUGAUCUGAGGACGUGGAUUACAUCUCAUCUAUCUCGAGAUUAGCCCCUGGCUGUUCAGUGGUGUCGGUCUCUACCUCAUCCGAUUCAACCUCGUUUGGCAACGUAAAUAGUAGACUUCUUUUCCACAAAUACAAACCAACGCGUAUAGUUUAUAUACAACUGUUCUUUAAUUCUGGAUCUAUCCAUAAACCAUGCAUUCGAUUGAGCGGACUGAACAGUGGUUUGGCUAUAGCCUACUAUGCCCUAUUAAUUGCGUGCUGAAGUGAUGAUGACGGCCUGUCCCCCGUUUUAUGUUUAUUUCUUCCGCAAGACGAACGAGAACCUCUGCCAUCAGUGGAAAUGGAGAUAUUUUUUUGAAAUUUGUGCCCAUUAAACGGAUCCUUUUAAAAUGGUGUGUGCGAACACUGCUAUCAGCAGAAAAUGGAACUACGAACAUGGGUGUAUUUCAUAUUCGAAACGGACACUUGUGAGAUGAAGGAUUACAAGAAAAGCAAUGUAAAACGGUGACUUCAUUUUUCGAUGGAUAUCAAUUGCUUUUGUUAAUCAGGCUAUGCUUUAAACCCAGGAGAAUAAUUAGUUAUAUUCUGAAUAGGUUAAAACGCAGAUUCUGUUUAACCUGAGGUAUUUUUGACUUAAAACGUGCAUCAUGUACAUUUUUUUGCAGGGCAAUUUUGAUCAAUCAUUGAUACUUCGACGAGAGGAAGCAGGACAACUUGAUGUGUGAAUAUAGAAUCAACGCGGCUUUGACAAUAGCCUGGUUGCAUAGAUGGCAAAUACAAGCGAGUUUGGGGAAAGCAAUCCUUCACUACAGAAUUAUGCUAUCACCGCCUCUGCGGUGAAACUGGCCUCGCUCGGUCUGAUCAUUUGCAUGAGCCUUGUAGGGAAUGUGGCGCUGUCCCUGCUGGUGCUGAAAGACAGCUCCCUUCAAAAGGCUCCGUAUUAUUUUCUACUUGAUCUGUGCUUGGCAGAUAUAAUACGGUCUACCGUGUGUUUGCCCUUUGUGAUGAUAUCAAUCAAUAACGGUUCCACCUGGACAUACAGCAUUAUAAGUUGUAAGAUUAUUGCUUUCAUGUCAGUCCUAUUUUGUUUCCAUGUAGCGUUUCUGCUCUUCUGCGUCAGUGUCACCAGAUACAUGGCGAUAGCACACCACAGGUUUUAUUCCAAACGAAUGACAUUAUGGACAUGUGUGGCAGUGAUUUGUAUGGUCUGGACCCUCUCUGUCGCUAUGGCUUUCCCCCCUGUAUUCGACGUUGGCACCUACAAAUUCAUCCAUGAGGAGGAACAAUGCAUUUUCGAGCACCGAUACGUGAAAGCAAACGAUACCCUGGGCUUCAUGUUGAUGCUGGCUGUCAUCGUGGGAACAACACACGUUGUUUACAUAAAGAUGCUGUGUUUCGUUUAUGACCACCGCAAGAUGAAACCCGCUCAGCUGGUCCCAGCUAUAAGCCAAAACUGGACUUUCCACGGGCCAGGUGCAACUGGGCAGGCAGCUGCCAAUUGGAUUGCAGGAUUUGGACGUGGCCCCACCCCACCAACAUUAGUGGGCAUCAGGCAAGCCUCGCAUAAUGGAAACAGGCGGCUGCUUGUCUUGGAUGAAUUUAAAAUGGAGAAACGCAUAGGGAAAAUGUAUUACAUGAUAACUCUGGCGUUUCUUCUCUUCUGGGCCCCGUACAUAGUUGCUUGCUACCUUCGAGUUUUUGUCAAGGGAGGCACCAUUCCACAGGUCUACCUGACAGCGGCGGUGUGGAUGACGUUCAUUCAGGCGGGGGCGAAUCCCAUUAUUUGUUUCAUAUUCAACAAGGAGCUGAGGAUCCGUCUCAGAGCUUGUUUCCCGUGUUGUCUCAGCACACAGACGCCUAUGUCUAUGGAGCCUUACUGUGUCAUCUGAUAGGUUCAACUGUUGUUUUAGACAAGGGAAAACAAACAGAACUGUCAUGUUGGUAUUAAAGCCUAUAGGUGAUAUUUCUCAGUCGCUCUGCUUGCCCAAUUUUUCCACAUAUGUUGAAGGCCACAUUUUGUGAUUUGCACAUACAGAAAGUGUAUAAAGUUGCCAAUCUUGAUUUCAAAUACUAAUAAUUUAGCAUAUUUUAUGAAUCUCAUUAGUAUUUUCUUUGAGUUAUAGCCUAGGCCUAUGUCAACCCUGUGAGAAAGACAUAUGACGUGUGUAAUAUUCUGUAAAGCUAUUUUGUCGCUUUAUUCUGAACAAACCAAAAAAAAAUGACUUUGUAUCUUUCAGAAAAUCGUAGAAUUAUUUGUGUGGAGAAAGUGUUAACUCACUUUUACAGUCAUUUGCAAAUACAUGUUCUUCCUGGAUGUUGACAUAAUCUGGUGAUACAAAUGCAUCCCUUGUACAUUCCCGGUAAAAUAGACAAAUCAUUUGUGUUUCUAUGGACAAUGACCAUGGGACUCUAAAAGAAGAAAAGUGUCAGUGCUGCAGAGAGGUGUUUGCAUUGUUUGGACUUCUGAGUA